AUGAAAAUUGCUCUAUCUUCCCCAAUUCCACUUCUUCGCCAUGGCCUCGCCGCUGCGUGCUUUUCGUCCACUUCUUACUGCACCCGCGAAACUAAGAUGAUUCGCGCCAUGGCCAAACGCAAGAAGCCCACGGAUUCCGAGGGUUCUUCCGACCCACCACCCAGAAUCACAUCAAAUGUGAAGCAGAACUUGCAGUUUCUCAAAAUUUGGAAGGAAAUUCAAAGGCGGAGGUCUAGUACUCCUAGGCCUGCUACUAGUUACCGUAGGAAGAAGGUGGAGAAGGAAGAUCUACCUGAAGAUACCCAGGAGAUCUAUCGUGAUCCAACCUUCACUCUUUAUCACACAAACCACAUUCCAGAUAGCGUUGUCCUGGUCCUGCUUGUUGAUGGUUACAAUGUAUGUGGCUACUGGAUCAAGCUGAAAAAGCACUUCAUGAAUGGGAGGCUUGAUGUUGCGCGGCAGAAGCUAAUCGACGAACUUAUAGCCUUCAGUGUACAUAAAGAGGUGAAAGUGGUAGUGGUCUUUGAUGCCAUGAUGUCAGGACUGCCCACACACAAGGAAACUUUUGCGUGUGUUGAUAUAAUUUACUCAGGUGAGACGUGUGCUGACUCAUGGAUCGAAAAGGAGGUUAUGGCCUUGAGGGGAGAUGGUUGCCCCAAAGUGUGGGUUGUGACAUCCGACCGGAGUCAGCAACAUGCUGCACAUGGAGCAGGAGCCUUUGUUUGGAGCUGCAAAGCCUUGGUAUCUGAGAUUAAGGCGUCUCACAAGGAGGUGGAGAGGAUGCUUGAAGAGCAAAGGCCAACCUCUUUUCAGGGGAAGCUGUUGAAGCACAACCUUGACUCAGAAGUGGUGGAUGCUCUCAAGGACUUGAGGAACAAGUUGUACGAGGAUGAGCGGAGAAAGUAG